CACUGAGAUAACGGUGCGUUACUGGGGGCACUGCACGGCGCUGUUAAUGUAACUGUUUUAUUAAAAAAUGAUCCCCUUCUCAUCUGCCCCUCUGGUCUCCUGGCACCACUGCUGCCCCUGGCAUUCCUGAGUUGAGGCAACACGGCCUGAGGAUUGAGCAGGGGCGGUCCGAGCUGAAAGAACUGCACUCCGCCGGGAAAUUCUCCGUAUUCACAGAUGUCCCCCUCUCCGGCUCUCUUGUUUUUCUGAACUUCCGUUAUAAAUGGGACAGCCAGCAGAACAUUCACUGGCACGGACUCCUCACCAAGCAAUGGCUGAUCAUGGACUUUCCUAGCAGGAUGCUGGACCAAGGUAGUCGGGACAGUCUGACGGCUACCCUCGAAUAUGCAGAGCUUACAAUGAAGGUGAAUACGGUGUUUGUCAGCGUGCACAAGGAGCACAAAGACAGAGGUCAGCUCCUUCGUGCCUUCAGCUUCCUGGGAUUUGAAGUUGUAACACCCAGGAACAAGUCUCUGCCGUCCUGCGAGGAACAAAUAUUCAUGGGCUACACACUGGAGAAGUCCCCCUAGGACACCUGUACGGAGGUCACAUGUCAAACCCUCAGGGCAAUAAAAGCG